UUUUAAUUCCAGAACAUGGUCCAAGACAAUUCCUGGGAAGUCGAAUUCUUCUCUAGUGAGGGUUCAGACACCUCGAUACCAAUUCCGAUAGUGCCACUACGGGGCGUGGACGACUCCUACCCACCCCAGAAGAAGUCUUUCAUGAUGCUCAAGUACAUGCAUGACCACUACCUGGACAAGUAUGAAUGGUUUAUGAGAGCAGAUGAUGACGUGUAUAUCAAAGGAGACCGCCUGGAGAAUUUUCUGAGGAGUUUGAAUAGCAGUGAGCCCCUCUUUCUCGGGCAGACAGGACUGGGCACCACGGAAGAGAUGGGGAAACUGGCCCUGGAACCCGGUGAGAACUUCUGCAUGGGGGGGCCCGGUGUGAUCAUGAGCCGGGAGGUUCUCCGGAGAAUGGUGCCGCACAUUGGAAAGUGUCUCCGGGAAAUGUACACGACUCACGAGGACGUGGAGGUGGGAAGAUGUGUCCGGAGGUUUGCGGGGGUGCAGUGUGUCUGGUCUUACGAGAUGCAGCAGCUUUUUUAUGAGAAUUACGAACAGAACAAAAAGGGGUACAUUAGAGAUCUCCAUAAUAGUAAAAUUCACCGAGCCAUCACCCUGCACCCCAACAAAAACCCACCCUACCAGUACCGGCUCCACAGCUACAUGCUCAGCCGCAAGAUAGCCGAGCUUCGCCACCGCACCAUCCAGCUCCACCGAGAGAUCGUCCUGAUGGGCAGAUACAGCAACACGGAGAUUCACAAAGAAGACCUCCAGCUGGGAAUCCCACCUUCCUUCGUGAGGUUUCAGCCCCGCCAGCGGGAGGAGAUCCUGGAGUGGGAGUUUCUGACUGGGAAAUACUUAUAUUCUGCGGCUGAGGGCCAGCCGCCUCGGAGAGGGAUGGACUCCGCUCAGAGGGAGGCCUUGGAUGACAUUGUCAUGCAGGUCAUGGAGAUGAUCAAUGCCAAUGCCAAGACCAGAGGACGCAUUAUUGACUUCAAGGAGAUACAGUAUGGCUACCGCCGGGUGAACCCCAUGUAUGGGGCCGAAUACAUCCUGGACCUGCUCCUUCUGUACAAAAAGCACAAAGGGAAAAAAAUGACUGUUCCCGUCCGGCGACACGCAUAUUUACAGCAGACCUUCAGCAAGAUCCAGUUUGUGGAGCACGAGGAACUGGAUGCAAAGGAAUUGGCCAACAAAAUCAAUCAGGAAUCCGGAUCCUUGUCCUUUCUCUCAAAUUCCCUGAAGAAACUUGUUCCCUUUCAGCUCCCUGGAUCAAAGAACGAGCACAAAGAACCCAAAGAGAAAAAGAUAAAUAUAUUGAUUCCAUUGUCUGGGCGUUUCGACAUGUUUGUGAGAUUCAUGGGAAACUUCGAGAAGACGUGUCUCAUUCCCAAUCAGAACGUCAAGCUCGUGGUUCUGCUUUUCAAUUCUGACUCGAACCCUGACAAGGCCAAACAAGUUGAACUCAUGAGAGAUUAUCGCAUUAAGUACCCUAAAGCUGACAUGCAGAUUUUGCCUGUGUCUGGAGAGUUUUCAAGAGCUCUGGCCCUUGAAGUAGGGUCUUCCCAGUUCAGUAACGAGUCUCUGCUCUUUUUCUGUGACGUUGACCUCGUGUUUACUACAGAAUUCCUUCAACGAUGUCGAGCAAACACAGUUCUGGGCCAACAGAUAUAUUUUCCAAUCAUCUUUAGCCAGUACGAUCCAAAGAUUGUUUAUAGUGGGAAAGUUCCCAGUGAUAACCAUUUUGCCUUCACUCAGAAAACUGGCUUCUGGAGAAACUAUGGGUUUGGCAUUACUUGCAUUUACAAGGGAGAUCUUGUCCGAGUAGGCGGCUUUGAUGUUUCCAUCCAGGGCUGGGGGCUCGAGGAUGUGGACCUUUUCAACAAGGUUGUCCAGGCAGGUUUGAAGACAUUUAGGAGCCAAGAAGUGGGAGUAGUCCACGUUCACCAUCCUGUCUUUUGUGAUCCCAAUCUCGAUCCCAAACAGUACAAAAUGUGCUUGGGGUCCAAAGCAUCCACAUAUGGGUCCACACAGCAGCUGGCUGAAAUGUGGCUGGAAAAAAACGACCCAAGUUACAGUAAAAACAGCAAUAACAGUGGCUCAGUGAGGACAGCCUAAGGUCCAGCUUUGCUGGAAGAGACGUUUUUAAUUAUCUAAUUUAUUUUUCAAAAAUUUUUUGUAUGAUCCGUUUUCGAAGUCCAUACAAGGAUUAUAUUUUACACAUGAUUUUCUUACAAAGGACUCCUUGAUGAUUGAGCUUUUUGAACAAAAAUGUGAUCAUGUUUGCCUUUGAGCACAUUUUCUUGCUGAACGUCAUGUAGCAGGCCUGCUUGAUAAUGACUUGAAAUGUACCUGAUGGACAGAACUUUCUUGUCGUGUUUCGUUGUGUUUUAUGCGUUUCUUUUCAGACCCCUUUGCUGUGGUCCUAUGGUAGAAAACAUGAACGUUCCUGCAAAGUAUUAAUGUAACAGAACACUGUAACUCUGGUACAUGUUUUGUUGUAACUGGUAAUGUUGCACAGAUUCGACCUUUUGUCUUUUUUUUUUCAAUGGCGAUUUUUUUUUUUUUAAGCCAUUUCAUGUUCUAAUUGUAAAAUAAGGAAAUGUGAUAAUAAGUUGUAUCAUCAUUGUCGGGAGAGCUUUCCAAAGUUGAUUCUUUCCCCCAACUUGUGCUCAUUGUGGUCACGGAGUUGUUUUAAAAGCAAGGGGAGAAAGGCACAGUAAGAUGAAUGGCUGUCGUCGUAAUUUGUGUGGCUUAAUGGACCUGGCAUUAAAUUCCAAGAAGGAUUUGUUUUUUUGUUUUUUGUUUUUUCUCAUCUUUAAAGGGUACACUAUUAAUAUUUGGAAUGGCAAGGAAGAAUUAUUGUAAUAAAUCUAAUGUACACAAGCUAAAACAGAAACAAAAACCCGCCCUAAUGAAAGCAUUGGGGGAAAAUGUAUUUUGGUUUUGUUCAUCCUGUCUGUGUUACAUCGGUGGAGUUGGCUGUUUCAAUCUUUAAUUACUGUUUUGUUUUAUUCUUUGUAUCUGAAAUACCUUUAAUUUAUUUAAUAUCCAUUGUUUAGAGCUCGGCCAUUUCUCAAGUACCUGUUUAGCUAUUAGUAUUUAUGUGUAUCAGGAGUGUGUUUAGUGUUAUUUUAUUUGCAGUAAACUGAUCUCCAAAGAUUUCCUUUUGAAAAUGCUUUUCCCUCCUCAAUUUUUACAUUCCUUACUGUUUUACUAAAUAUUAAGUGUUCUUUGACAAUUUUGGUGCUCACAUGUUUUGGGGACAAAAGUGAAAUCUGUCAUUACACCAGAAAGUUCGUUUGUUUUAAAAACUCACAGAUCAAAUGUGCCUUAAUAAAUUUUCUUUUUCAUUUAGAUUUCAAACAGUAAUAGACUUGCCAUUUUAAUACACAUCGUUGGAGAUCUGCUUAUUUGUAAAUAGUCUGUUGCUCAUUCGGGAAAAUAAACCAGUCAACAGUAUUUUUCUAUUGUACUUUUCAGGACCAUUUUGUCUCAUUACUCCUGUUUUAGCUAAAGAAUUGUAUAACAUUUGGAGAGUAAAAACAUGAAACACUGA